AUGAGUCCAACAAUUUGUGAGAAACCAUCCAUCUACAAGCGAGUCGGUGUGAUUUAUAAUCCAUCAUCGAGAGGAGGCCAAGCACAAUCUCUCUUCAAAGCAGUGGUUCUUCCUCUUCUGGAGCGAUUCUUUGGCGAUCGGUUAGUGAAAUGUAUGCCCACUCAAUGCCGUGAUGAUGGCACUCGUUGUGCCUUUCAACUCAUCGUAGAGGAUCGUUGUGAUUAUAUCAUUAGUGCCGGAGGUGAUGGAAGUACAUUCAAUGUAUUGAAUGGAUUGGUUCGAGGAUGUUUGUAUUUGGAUGAGAAGGCAUUGAAUAACAAACCUCUUCCAGUGGCAUUUGCUGUGCUGCCCAUUGGUUCCGGAAAUGAUUUGCAUAAAACAUUGGGUGUGGAUGUGAAUGUGAGUGAUUUAAAGUUCUUUGAAAAGUACAUUCACAUGUUGGCAGAAGACGGAGAAACCAUUCAUGCUGAUAUUGGACGAGUUGAAUAUACAAAGGAUCACACCGGAGAGAUUGAUGAAGCAGUGAAUGAUGAGCAUAUUCCAACUCAAUACAGAGAUAGGUCAGCAUGUCAAUUAGACACUAAUGAUAAAGGUGUGAGGUUUUACAUGAAUGAGAGUAGUUUUGGAAUUAGUUCUUCAAUUUUGAAUGCGGUGAAUAAUAGUUCCAUUAGCAAAGAGAUCAAUUAUAAUAUUCAAACUUUGUGGAAGCAAUUGACCUAUGCGAAUCCAUCGAUUAAGGUUGAAAUUGAUGGAAAAGUUGUGAAAGAUGGUAUCGGCCAGUUGGUCUGCAUUGGCAAUGGAAGGUGUUUUGGUGGAGGUAUGCGUAUCAAUCCGAAUGCAUCCAUUACUUCUCAAGCAUUUGAUGUUUGCAUUUUGCAUAAUCUAAGAUUAUGGAACGUACCAUACGUUUUCUAUCAAAUUCAAUAUGGAACACAUGGAACCAAUCCAUUGGCUAGUUUGCAUGAGCGUGUGAAAACAGUGAAGGCAAGUAAGAAUCCCGAAACCGUGGAUGAUGUAUAUUUGGAAUGUGAUGGAGAAGUGGUAGGAAAAUUGCCAGCAACAUACACCAUCAUGCCUAGUUGUGUUAAAUUUGUUGUACCUACCAACAGUAUUGAACAUGCUAACUUCAUGAACAAGUAA